UGGGUAAACUCUGACGAAUCAGGAGCAAGCUCAUGUAGCUAGUCCUUUCAAAUUUUACCGAGUUUCCUCGUUUGACUUUUCGACAUCAAAAAUUUUGUGUGUUAGAUCGCUAAUCACCGUUUGUUCGAAUAAUGUGACUUAAUCUCGGCUGGAAGACACAACGAUAAACUCGACCACCUUUACGGAACUAGAAGGUCUGCUUUCUUCAACGCAAUAACGCAUUGAAGACAAGGAUUUGAAAAGAAGAGAAAAAAUAACGUCCGUUUGUAUGAAAGCCCUCUAACAUGGCCAAUCUGACGGCUACACUUGGAGCGCCUAGCUACGACCCAACGGAGAACGAGGACCGCGAGAACAUCCCUCCUCCUGCCGACUCCGCCCCCAGGCUGCCGAGGGAGCCCAAUCAGAACGUUCCUGAUGAGCGUGUAGUCCCGCUUUACAGAGAAGUCGUGGACAAAUGGCACAACACCAUGAAGAACCUUGGCCAGAGUCCUCUCAGUUCGGCAGACAUAGGGGACGAGAUGCUCCCUGAGCUCAGCAUGCUGGACACCACGGCGGAGACCUCCCACCUGUCUCUCGCCAAAACGAGGAGUCCUGCUGCUGAUUCCCACUCGUCCACGCCCAGAUACUCCAGAGAGAUGGACAAAUGGCACAACACCAUGGCGAACCUCGGCCAGAGUCCUCUCGGGUCGCCAGACAUAGGGGACGAGAUGCUCCCUGAGCUCAGCAUGCUGGACACCACGGCGGAGACCUCCCACCUGUCUCUCGCCAAAACGAGGAGUCCUGCUGCUGCUUCCCACUCGUCCACGCCCAGAUACUCCAGAGAGAUGGAAUCCGGCCUCACGCCCGGUUUCAAAAGCUUUAACCUGCCGGGCAACAACUCCAGGAAGGGCCUGACACCCGGCCCGGUCAGGCAUGGGCUGACGGCUAUUCACAACAUGCCGCACCUUAACCAGGAGUUGUUCACCACAGAGUAUCACAAACGGAGGGAGAGCCUGGGUCGGCUUCCCGCCGGACCGGACAGCUUGGCUCCGGCCGGGUGGCCUUGCUUCUGGCUGCAGGACGAGACCCUCCCAGAGGUCAGCUUGAUGGACUCCACCAUGGAGUGUUCUAACCUCUCCACCAAUGGGGCCGCUCCCUCCUUCGUGCCCCCGGUUCCUGAACGGCACCUUGCUGUGACGCCUAAAGUGGAGGAGGAGCCCAGCCCAGGCUCCAUGUUGAGUCUGGUCACGGAUAAGAGUUUAGUUCUCACUCCUCGCCUCCUAGCCUCCACAGGGCAGCAGAGUCUCGGAGACAGUCGCUUAAUGGACCACAGCAGUCUCCACACACUGGAGAUGACGAAAGCUGAGGUUGUCCAGAACUCAGUGGAAAGCUCUUCCUGUCCCGAAUCCGAUGUCACCCGCGAAUCCAUCCUUCCCCAUGGGGUAGUGGUUCUGGGAGCUGAGGCUGUCCAGAGCUCACUGGAAACAGCCUCCUUCCCCGAAUCUGAUGUCACCCGCGAAUCCAUCCUUCCCCAUGGGGAAGUGGCUCUGGAAGCUGAGGUUGUCCAGAGGUCACUGGAAACAUCCUCCUUUCCCGAAUCUGAUGUAACCUGUGAAUCCAUCCUUCCCCAUGGGGAAAUGGCUCUGGGUUCUCCAUCGCUGUGCUCCGCUUCUGCUUCCCAAUUCCCUGACAGGACAACUCUGGUCCUAGCAUUGGACCACCCGAGGCAGCCCGAGCUCAACACCACCCAGGUCCUCAACACCACCCAGGUCCUCAACACCACCCAGGUCCUCAACACCACCCAGGUGCUCAACACCACCCAGGUCCUCAACACCACCCAGGUCCUCAACACCACCCAGGUGCUCAGCGAGAAUGCGGUGGAGGUGGCAAGCAAUGACAGCCCACGGUCUGAGCAGGGGUCCGCCCCGUGCUCUGGGAACUCCUCAGGGGUCAAGUGCCACCUAAGUUUGCCGCUCAACAAGCAGCUGUCGGAACUCGUUUCCAUUAGACCCAGUGCAGUGGUCUCACUGGGCAAUCCCUGCUCAGGUGUCAAACUCGAGGACACCUUUAAGAGCAUCUCUUCUCCAACCCUAGGUGCCCAAGGAUGUAGCCAAGACAACCAGAGCAUCGGCCAAGACAACCAGAGCAUCGGCCAAGACAACCAGAGCAUCGGCCAAGACAACCAGAGCGGCGGCCAAGACAACCAGAGUGGUAGUCAAGACAACCAGAGCGUCCACCAAGACAACCUGAGCGGAAGUCACUUUGAAGGCCAACCCAGAGCGUUAUCAACUGCCCCUCACAAUGGGUCCAAUAAUAAUCUGGUUGUGGCGCUGGACCUGCGGUCCGAGGUCAACACGACCCAUGGGUCCAGCGGGGCAACGGCCGACGGGGCGAGCAGCACCAUGACCGUCUCCCCACAGGACGCCUCCAGACCUCUGUCCCCAGCAACCAGCGCCACAAAGAGUGACGAGAAUUCACUGAGACACCAAACGCUGGCAUGCACACCCGUUUAUAAAUGCAGUGCCGACCUCAACUUUGACGACACAUUCGAGAGAGCUUCUCCUCCCAAGGCAAGUGCCCUGAACUGUCAAGCCAAUCAGACAGCUGGAUGUUUGAUCACCUCCACGCCCAUGUCAGAAUGGAAAGUCUAUGUGCCCACGAGCCAGACCUCACAGGUGCAGAAGAGGCGGUACUCUGACGGUCCAUCUAAGCCCCUCCCACAGACAAGCAGCCCUGCCGCCAGUGCGGACCAUGUGGCCGCCAGUGCGGACCAUGUGGCCGCCAGUGCGGACCAUGUGGCCGCCAGUGCGGACCAUGUGGCCGCCAGUGCGGACCAUGUGGCCGCCCCGGAUGUUCGCUCGCUCCUGCCAAACCUGGGUCCUGCCCGAGCCAUACCCCGCAGUCUCCGGUACAAUUGCGCCCCUGGUGGCACGGGGCGGCGCCUCAGCCUCGCCCCUACAGGGAGGAGAGUGUCAGCCAUGGCUCCGCCCCCUAAACAGAGCAAACCAAAGAACAGCAUACCAGACACCACCAGCACAACCAGUAUACCCAGCACCACUGGUAUAUCGAACACCACCAGCCUCUGCCCUGCACCACCAGGCCUCAAACCGCCAAGGAGAGUCCUCCAUAAACCGGCUGCAACGGGCAUCCCAGCGACCAAUCAGAGGACUCUACCAGGUCUCAGACCGCCUACUGCACGACUUGCCACAGCAGCCUCGUCCAAUGAUAAGCCUGGUCCAUCCUCAGCAGACAGUCGCCGUGAGUCGCUGAGCCAGGCCAAGAGGAGCUUGCAGCCCGGGAGUGAAGCUCUGGGGCUGGCCAAGAGGAGGAGGACAGUAUGUACCCCCACAGAUGUUCCAGGACCUUCUACCACCAUGGAGGCCUCCGUUCUGUCUCUGGAGCCCACCAGGGGGGCCUGUGGCCUGAGGGCUCCUCCCCCAAGAACCUGCAGGACCCCAGCACUGGCUGGGUGUUCAAACUGUGCCCUGCUGAUUGAGGAGCUGGAGAAGAAUCGUGCGGUGAUAAGAGGACUGCAGAAAGUACUGGAUGGCUUCGUCACCCCAGCAUCAUAACCAGGACCCGUUGGCAGAGACGACAGCGGCACAACAUUGAAAAUAUGUAAAUUAAUACAAAUAACAAGAAUAAUAUGUGAAGGAAAUAAAGAUAACAA